GUUAAGGAACUAGCAACCCGGAAGCCUCUAGCUCUACAGGACUUUUCGAGAGGUAAAUGUUUCGCUUGUGGCUCUGCACUAAACUAUCACGGGGGAACGUGUCGGUUUUGUCCCGUAGAAACAUGUCGGGAACGUCCACUGAGUGUGACGUCGAAAACAACAGGUCGAUUCACUCGGACAGCCUCGAGGAGGUUCAUAACGUCCCGAUGCACGUCAUCAUCAGACCGAUUCCUCCGGUGCUGGAUGAGCUGAAAGUUCAGAGUAUAAUGAACACAAUAAAGACAGCGGACAUCAGUGUUGUUCCUCCCAUAGAUGUGCUCUGGAUCAAAGGCAGAGAGGGGGGGAAUUACUACUACUCUUUUGGAGGCUGUCACAGGUUUGCUGCAUAUCAGAGGCUGAACAUGUCGACCAUCCCAGCCAAGCUCAUCAAAUCAAACAUAUCUGACCUCAGCACUUACUUGGGGGCUUCGACACCUGAUCUGCGGUGAUGCUGAAACAGCUUUUUGAGAGACUUUGCUCGAGUGGUUCACACAUGGCAACACAGUUUUGACUCCUCUGUUGCAGAACAAAGGAUUUACCAGCAGGGGGAAAUGUAACUCUUUAGUUAAACACAUGAAAUUUGUCAUUUGAAACCCGUGAAAUGGGUUUUUAAUGGGUUGACUGUAAAUGUGUGCGUUUGUAAAUUUUACAUUCUUACCAAGUUGAUUAACUGUCAUUUAAUUGUGUUAUCCCUGUACUUGCACCUGAAAAGCAAUUCAAAUGGUAAAUUCCCUACCUUAUUGUACAUUGCAGCGCCAUCUUGCCAUUUCUGUUUGUACAGAAAAUACAUAAUUUACAUUAAUAAGAGGACACAGCUAAGUGACACUACAAUGCAAGGAUGGUUGCAAAUGUUGAGGCUUUUUUCAUUUUCACUUAAUAAUAGGAAAAGCAUAACAAUGAACAUGUUUUUUGUUCUAUUCAAGAGUCCCAGUAAGCCAAUGCGAGCAUGACAGUGGGCCAGCAUGCUCAGUAUAGGACCUUGAAACCAAAGCAGCUUAAUGACGUUCAGCUGUCAUUCAUUUUAUUAUUUACACCUGUGCUUUUCCUACUGUGUCAUGUCAAAAUGUAUUCCGUGAUAAAAGACGUAAUUAAUCCAUUAAUCUUCACUUGCACCUUUUGAUCUCCUUCUAUUGAGUUCUGGGAAAAGAUUUAAAUGUUAUCAUACAUUUAAAUUAUUAUAUCAAAAGUCCCCUUUUUUGUGGCAUGCAGUUUUUUUUUGAAAUUAUUAAGAAUACAAAAUUAAGUACGACCAAAUGUUGCAAAAAGGAAGCAAAACUUUCUGAAAUAUGACACAGUCAAUUUUGAUUGUGAAGUUUCCGACAGGCGGUGAUAGAAAGGAGCCUAUGGAGCAGAUGGUCUGCAGAAGGAAUCGGGUGUUGUGCAACUUCAGGGUGACAAGAGCGUAUGUCAGAAUGCAAGAUGUUGUCGAGUUGAUGAGUUUGCUCCUUCUUCCUGUCAUCAGUCUUUCUCACUCCUCGUCUCUGCAUCCUUCAUGUAACCUUCCAGUCUUGCUGACGUCAUCCAGGUCCAUUCAUAUGAAAACCCUCCAAAAAACCAAGUUCCAUACGAUAGGUACUGAUACUUUAGGAGUAUGAAUGCAUUUUACUUACAGUAAUCAGCAUACAUGGCAAUCGUUUGACUUUCUCAAACAUGCAACAAUGAUGAUGAUGAUGGUUUGUUGUAAUCUCGAAGCACAUGUUUGUUGUUGGUACCGACCUUGAGACUGGCCCUGCUUAUUGAAACAGUUCCCUAGCCCCUCUGUCUUGGAGAAAGGAACUAGGUUGGCAUAAUUAUGAAAGUAAACCAUACAUCAAAUACAGCAUUGCGCAGAGACGAGGCCUUUCCGACAUCAACGCCGUCACAAUGCGAGCCCGGAGCUGCUUAAUGGUCUCCCUUUGUGGCCACCGAGGAAAUGAAGGGAGACCCGAGGGCAGCUUUUACCGACCGGCCCUGCAGGACUCUAAAUGUCUCCUCUGAAUCGUCGCGUGUGAGAGCACUUCCUGUGGCUCGCUCACUGUCUGGAAGUAACCAUAUCCUCAAAGGGAGUUUGACACGCAACACCAGUAUGAAAAAAAUACAUUGCACCUGUUGCUUUGGGGAGCGGUUUCCAUGGGUGGUUCUGUACGCUUUAUCUUUGAGGAUUUAACCAACUCAAGGGGGUUUAGGGGGCCAAGAAGAGGAAGUGUUUGUGGCCAUUUUCAUAAAUGGACUGUGGCCGUGUCAAUUCUCAGUCUUUUUUUUUUUUUUUUUUUUUACAGUUUGCUGCUUUGCUCAAUUAUGACCUGAUCAAAUUAUGGUGAUUACUUUGUGUUUGAAGACGCCUCCUUGAUGCUCUUAGCAGAGUUACAUUUUUUUCUGCUCAGUCUAUCACUGAAAAACUGGAUUUUACAUUUUUGUAUUUGUUGUUGCCAAGAAGAAAGACAUUUAUUUUUCUGAGCUGCAACAUUUGGAAAUGAUUCUGACAAUACUUCAAAAACGUUAUUUCUUUUUCUUUCGUUCUUGGUAUAUUUGUUGGUCCUCUGGUGGCUGUGGUGUAGUUUGUGCAUCAUGUGGACACGAUGAUAAAUGUUGAUUGAUGCAGAGAGGGUCACUCACUCCUCCUAGAACUCACAAAACUAAAUUGUUCUCUACUUUUCACAUCCCGCACAAAUUGUUUUACCUACAGAAUGUCUCAUGGUCUGUUGUACAAACCGCAUUGCUCAACAAUGAAUUGCUCUGUUUGUAUUUCCUAUAAGCAGUUUGAAAUAAAGGGC